UGAACUUUUUUAUUGUCAUUGUACAGUUGCUUGCACAGAGAAAGUAGAUAGCAAGACCACAAAGGUGCAAAAGUAAAGAAAUAUAUAAAGAAGAAUAUAAAAACACUAUAUACACAAUGUAUUAGUUACAUUAUUCACUGUUGGGGGUGUAUACAUGGGCAUCAUAAUAAGAACCCUGUAAAGCUGUUCUUUAGUCUGUAUGUUUUGCACCUGAUGGAUCUGAACCACUUUCCAGAGGACAGGAUGUUGAAUUGGUGGUGGUUAGGACGAAGUUGGUCUUUAUAAUUGCCAUGCCUCUAGAAAGACAUCUAGAGGUGGCAAUGGAGUCCAGGGAGGGGAGUGGACAGCCGAUCACCUUCUCUGCAGUUCUGAUGACCCUCUGGAGUCUCUUCAGUGUGCAUCAGCACACUCUCAAUUGUGGCUCGGUAGAAGGACACUAGUCUGCAGCCUGUUCCAUCUCAGGACCCUCAAGAAAUGGAGGCGCUGCUGGGCUUUCUUCACUAAGGCGGAUGUGUUUGUAGUCCAAGAGUGUCUGGGGUGAUGGUAUUGAAAGCCGAGCGAAAUCAAUGAAGAGCAUCCUCACUGAAGUCCCAGGAUUCUCCAGGUGAUGCAGAACAGAAUGGAGGGCAGUGGAAAUUAUAUCCUCGGUGGACCAAAGCUGGGUGGGAGGCAGUCCUUAAUGAGCUAUAGGACCAGCUUCUCUAAACACUUUGCAAACUCAGGUGUCAGUGCAAUGGGUCUGUAAUCAUUGAGGCCACUGAGCAUGGUGGACUUGGAGACUGGGACUUUUGUUUCAGAUUUCAGGCAGUGAGGGACAGUGUAACAGGGAGAGGUUGAAUAGUCUGGUGAACACAGGAGCCAGCUGGUCAGCGCAGACUUUGAGCACUCUCCCAGGUAUUCUGUCAGGGCCAGCAGCUCUCCUCUGAUUUACUGCUCUGAACAAACUGUGAACCUGGAGUUCUUGGAGGGUAAAUGUGUGUGGGCUGUGAUCAGAGGCUAUGGGCAGGGCGGUGUGCAUGGUAGGGGUGUCUACAGUUCUCUGGAAGUGGGCAAAUAAGUUAUUUAGUUCUUCUGCUAAUGAGAUGUCCAUGUUAUCUGCAUUUGUCCCACUGCCUUUGUAAUUGGUGAAGUGUUUCAGGCCCUCCCAUACCUUUCUGGGGUCAUUAUCUGAGAGCUGAUCUGACAGUCUACUCGAAUAGUCCAGUUUUGCUGCUCUGAUGCCUUUUUUAAGGUCUGCUUUUGCUCUUCUGUACAUAUUCUGGUCCCCAGAUUUGUAUGCAGAGUUACGUGCCUUUAACAAUGCCUGAACCUUACUCGACAUCCAGGGUUUUUGGUUGGGGUAGACGCGGAACUGCUUUUCCGUGGUUACAGUGUCAAUGCAAUACAUGAUGUAACCCAGCACUGCAGCUGUGUGAGUCUCUAGGUCGUCAUGUUCAAAGACACUCCACUCUGUGAGGGCAAAACAGUCCUGCAGCUGAGCCAGAGCUUCCGCAGAAAUGGUGCUAAUAGUUCUGAUUGUGGGCUUUGUCCUUUUACUGAGUGGUGUGUAUAAGGGGACAACAAGCAGAGAGAGGUGGUCGGACAUGCUCAGAGGUCGUCUGAUUCCAGAGGAUCUGGAUGAAAAAAUAGAGCUGUCCAAAUCUCAGGGUGCAGUGCCAUUUCUUGUAAGCUGUAUGUCAGGGACCACAGUGCAGGGUGUGUUUGACCCGCUGGAUCACAUAGCUGAUAUUUGUGAUAAACACAAGCUGUGGAUGCAUGUAGAUGCUUGCUGGGGAGGGAGCGUGCUUUUUUCUAAGAAACACAGACAUCUGAUGAAAGGAGUUGACAGAGCAAAUUCAGUAGCAUGGAAUCCCCACAAGAUGCUGGUGGCUGGCCUGCAGUGUUCUGCUUUACUCCUGAAGGACACCACGAAUUUGUUGAAGCAGUGCCACAGUGCCAAUGCCACAUACCUCUUCCAGCAAGAUAAGUUCUACGAUGUGAACCUGGACAUUGGGGAUAAGUCUGUGCAGUGCAGCCGCAAGGUGGACUGUCUGAAGCUGUGGUUGAUGUGGAAAGCUGUUGGCUCCAUGGGCUUAGAAGAGCGUGUAGACAAGGCUUUUAUUCAUGCAAGAUAUCUGGUGGAGCAGAUGAAGAAAAGAGAGGGGUUCCAGCUUUUGAGCAUGCCAGAGUUUGUGAAUGUCUGCUUCUGGUUCAUACCACCGAGUUUGAGAGGGAAGGAAGGAACUGAAGAUUACCAGGAGAAACUGGCAAAAGUAGCUCCUGUCAUCAAGGAACGUAUGAUGAAGCAAGGCACUAUGAUGGUCGGCUACCAGCCUUUGGGAAACAAGGUCAACUUUUUCCGUGUGACUGUAUUCUCUCCCCUACUGUCCCAGAAAGACAUGGACUUCUUCCUUGAUGAAAUUGAAAGACUUGGAAAGGACCUGUGACAAAGCCCAUAAGUGAACACCUUGCCCUUCAGAAAAUUUGAUUGUGCGUUUAAUGCUGGUCAUUGUACGGUAAUUUUACAAAUAACAACAAACAAGUCAAAUUGUGUUCAUUUCAAUAUCUGAUUUCCUAGAUUCCAACAGCUGUUAAAUAAAUAAAUAAAGGUUACUUGGUAUUACAAACUUUAUAUCACCAUGUUCUUUAUUGUAAACGAGUUUAAAACAUUUUUGGAGAAUGCCUACCCUUUACAUUUUAUACCUAACUAAUUACUGAUUUAUUUAUUUUUUAUUGAUUCCAAGAAAAGUGAUUGGGGGCUUUUGUUUUGUUUUUUGUUUUUACUCAGAAAAACAGUUCAGGGUCACAAUGUCUUUCUGUAAGUGUAAUGUACAACAAACAAUAAAACAAAUCGUCAC